GUGCCCUCCGCCGGCCCGCCCAGUGCGCUGCUCCCUCAGCGCCUCCGGUCGCGCACCUGCCCGCCGCCCGCCCGCGCCCGCCCCGCCCGCGGCCGGCCCGGGCGCAGCGCUGCGGCGGCGAGGGCCGCCGGGGCUGGGCCGGCGCGGCGAUGAUGAACAGGUUCCGAAAGUGGCUGUACAAACCCAAGAGGUCGGACCCGCAUCUGCUGGCCCAGUUCUACUAUGCGGACGAGGAGCUGAACCAGGUGGCGGCUGAGCUGGACAGCCUGGAUGGGCGCAAGGACCCGCAGCGGUGCACGCUGCUCGUCAGCCAGUUCCGCUCCUGUCAGGACAAUGUGUUAAACGUGAUUAACCAGAUCAUGGAUGUGUGCAUCCCCCAGGACCGAGCCCCACGGGAUUUUUGCGUCAAGUUCCCUGAGGAGAUCCGACACGACAACCUGGCCGGCCAGCUGUGGUUUGGCGCCGAGUGCCUGGCCGCCGGCUCCAUCAUCAUGAACCGCGAGCUGGAGAGCAUGGCCAUGCGCCCGCUGGCCAAGGAGCUGACCCGCAGCCUGGAGGACGUGCGGGGCGCCCUCCGCGACCAGGCGCUGCGGGAUUUGAGCACCUACACGGAAAAGAUGCGGGAGGCGCUGAGGCACUUCGACGUCCUGUUUGCCGAGUUCGAGCUGAGCUACGUGUCGGCCAUGGUGCCUGUGAAGUCCCCCAGGGAGUACUACGUGCAGCAGGAAGUCAUCGUGCUAUUCUGUGAGACAGUGGAGAGGGCCUUGGGCUUCGGAUACCUGACCCAGGACAUGAUUGAUGACUAUGAGCCGGCCCUCAUGUUUACCAUACCCCGGUUGGCCAUCGUGUGCAGCCACUCUAGGCCAGACAGGGUGUGGCCCAGGACUCGCUCCUUCCUGUAUGCACCCACUGGGCAUGUGUUGAGCACCUGCUGUGUACUUGGCCCUGUGCUUGUCCCCAGGGACCCCAUGAUGCCCACAAGGGAGGUGUGCAGUGGGCUCGUGGUCUACGCGGAUGGACCUCUGAAUUUGGACCGCAAGGCGGAAGACAUGUCCGAGCUGUUCCGGCCUUUCCACACGCUGCUGCGGAAAAUAAGGGAUUUGCUCCAGACCCUGACUGAGGAGGAGCUUCACACGCUGGAACGGAGCCUCUGCAUCUCCCAGGACGUGGAGUUCCCCAUCCAGGCAGACAGCCAGGUGUCCCCUGCCCUGGCACCAGCCUUCCCGGCACCACUUCCUCCAGAGGAGCUGCUCUCAGCCAAGGCCAAAAACCCAGAGCCAGAGCUGGCCUGCUCCAUGCAGUAUGAUGACCAGGAGCUGGAGCAGCUCAACCGCAUGGUCCACAGGGCUGGGGACGAGAUGUCGUCCCUCCUCUCCCCACCCAGCACCUGCCAGUCCCCUGCGCACAGGCCAGGGGCCGAAGGCAGCCCCCGCGGGGAGGCCUCCCCCAGCAGUGCUCGGCAGCAGCCAGGCAGAGAUGAGGAGGAGGGGAGGGUGUUCUUCAUGGACGACGUGGAGGGCGCAGCAGAGGCCCUGGGUGGCCAGGCUGGGUGGGCAGGCAGCGCUCACACCGACCCCCAGGCUGGGGGGCACAGAAAGGCAGGGGUGAACGCACCCACAGUGUUGGAAGAGGGGAACUUGAGCAACAAUGCCCAGGAUGACAGAAAGUGGGUGCUGGGUCCCAACUCCUGCAGCUGCCUGGACCCCCCAGCACAGCUGGACGGCUGGGAGGCAGGUGUGGACAAUGCUGAGACAGCGGAGAUGAUUGCCCACCGGAUGGGGGGCAUGAAGCUCUCGGCCACAGUCAUCUUCAAUCCCAAAUCACCCACCUGCUUGGACUCUGCUGGCGGCUCCCUGGAUGCCCCAGGGAACGGUGCCCCCCCGUUGGAGCCUGCAGCCGAGGGGACAGAAGGCAGCUCCCAUGGACUCAGUGCUGCGGCCACCAACUGCCUCCUCAACUCCUGCGUGUGCUGCGGGGGCCGCGGGGGCAGCAGGGGGGACGCAACAGAGGCCCUGCAGGACAGGUGUGGCCUAGGCGCCGUCAGUGCCCCCGGCAUUGGCCUGACUGAGGCCAGCACCAAGGGCCCAGCUGCAUGGCCAGGGGAGGCCCAGCCUGCCCCAGAGGCACUGUCCACGGGUGCCCUGGCUCCUCCAUCCCCAGAAGAUGCACCUGAUGGGCAGGAGCCCAAAUCCCCUACUUCCACGUGCCUGGCAUACACCUCAGGUCUCCAGGUGGACCCAGCAGACAGGCUGCAGGGAGGGGACAAUGGCCCGAGUCAGCAGAAGUGUGCAGCUGGACAGCAGGACAGUGGCUCCACAGCUGGCUCCUGCUCCUCAGACAAGACCCAGCUUCAGGUGGCCCCUGUGGCCACAAGAGAGAAGAUUCGGUCCAGGUUCCACGGCAGCCAUGACCUGAUACACCGCCUGUUUGUCUGCAUUUCAGGUGUGGCUGACCAGCUGCAGACAAACUACGCCAGUGACCUAAGAAGUAUUCUUAAGACCCUUUUUGAGGUCAUGGCCACCAAGCCAGAGACAGAUGACAAGGAAAAAUUAAAGAAAGUCACCCAGACGCUGCGGAGUGCGGCCUUGGACGACUGUGCUCUGUGCCAGGAGACCCUGUCGUCCUCCGAACUUGCAGCCAAGACCCGAGAUGGGGACUUGGAAGACCCCCCCGAGUGGGUCCCAGACGAGGCCUGUGGCUUCUGCACUGCGUGCAGAGCACCCUUCACUGUCAUCCGCAGGAAACACCACUGUCGCAGCUGUGGGAAGAUCUUCUGCUCACGCUGCUCUGGGCACUCGGCACCGCUGCCGCGCUACGGGCAGGUGAAGCCAGUCCGUGUGUGCACGCACUGCUACGUGUUCCACGUCACGCCCUUCUGCAGUGACAAGGCGGGCGUCUGACGCGGCGCCCGGCACUCCCCAAACCCGCCAGGGCCAGGAAGGACCACCAGGAAGGAGGCGUGGAGUGUGGGCGCUCCCACCUCUGUCGGGCUGUGGGCUGCUGGUGGGUUUUCACCACAUUUCAUCAGCUGCUGCUGCAAGGACUGCAGGCCCCCGGUGCCCAGAAUGUCCAGCACCCCCGGCCUGCCCACCCUGGCCUUCCCGCCUGCAAGGAUCCUGGACCAGCUACAGGGGCCAGCAGCAGCUUGAGCCAGAGGGGCACCCCAGGGUGACUGGUGGCUGCCUGGGCAGGGGUGGGCUCUCCCCUGGCGGGCUGAGCCUUGAGGUUCAGCCAUAGCUGAAGACCUGCCCAGUGCCCAUUCUGCUCUGGGGAAAGUGGGGUCAUUGUCUGAGCCCCAGGCAGCCUCGGCACCUGGGGCCCAACCCAGGGCACAUGGUGGAUACCCAGGGAGAAGGGCCAGACCUCAGCAUCACUGCAGAGCUUCCAGACCGGAACAACCAGGUUGCCAUGCUCUCGAGGCUGAGCCCACGGUUCCGCCCUCUGCCCGCUCCCCUCAGGACCUUGGCCAAGCAACACACGUCUCAUUUCUUCUUGGAAGGAGAAAAUGCAGAAGAAGCAGACCUGGGGUCCUCUGGGCAGGCAGACAUGCCCCUGCCAACGUCUGCCCUCCUGAUGGUGAGGGGUCAGGCGGCCGCCCACCCAAGCAUUGGCUCCCCCAGAGACUGAGGACCACCACGGGUCGCUCCCUUGGCUGCCACUAGCCCCUUCCCUCUGCCCCCGGGAGCCCAGCCCACAUCCUCAGACCCCAGCACAGCCUGGGCCCCAGCACCCACACCUCAGGCUUCAGUCUCAGGCCUCACAUCGCAGUGACAAUUGCAGUUUUAUUUUUAGAGAUGACACACACGUAUGGCUUCUUUCAUAGGAUGAAACCCAAGCACUGUUUAGCCGUGGACUGCGCAUGCACAAAACGGCCUUUCUGGUAAAAAGUAUAUAUUGGAGGAAAUAUGGAUUAUUUUUAUUUUCUAAAUGCUGUAACUCGAAACCAUUUCCAUAAAUCUAUUUAAGGAUGAA